UAUCGCAUUCACUUAUUCAUUUGAUAUUCAAUUCUUGUUCUCACUCACUUCUUCAAUUGAGCCAAAUUCUACUCCGCGACCAUGCGUUUCGUCAUUCCCUUCCUCACCCUCAGCUCCCUGGCUGCGGCCAUCAGCAUCACCGAGCCGGCCCUCAACUCAACCUACGCCGCCGGUUCCACCAUCACCGUCAACUGGACCACCGUUGACACCGAUCCCACCACCUUCAGCCUCUAUCUCUGGAAUUUCGUCUACUGGCCACCCUCCUAUGUUCCCCUGGCAAUUGACAUUCCGACCUCCGACCUGUCAUACCCCGUGCAAAUCCCCUGCGACACCGAUCCCGAGUGGGGCUACCAGAUCAGCGGGAUCAACGGCACCAACGUCUAUAUCAUCUACGCCCAGUCCGAGAAAUUCUUCGUCUCCGACGCGGCCAACGCGACCGACUGUGUUGAUACGAGUAUUACCGCACCCGGAGCAUCUGCUACGUCUACCUGCCCUGCAGCAUCUACCGUUUAUGUCACGGUGAGCCCUACCGCGUCCAGCACUGCUUUGUUCCACCACAGUCAUCAUCAUGAUCAUCAUCUGCUUCAUCACCACUCCUCUCAUCUCCCGGCUCCUUCAUCCACUCCUGCUCCUGCCUCCUCCAGAUCUGUCAAGCCAGGAAUCGUGCCUAAGACUAUUGGUUGGUGCUCAGACUAUUCCCAUCCUGUGACCUUGAACAAGGUUCCCACGCCGACGGCAGCAUUGUAUGAAACGGAGACGGCGUCCCAGGCCAGCACUCAGGAUGUCAGCUUCGUGACGGCCACGACUACCAUGAGCGUUGUCGGCAGUGCCGAAAGCGACGGAUGUCCGUUCUCCUGAGGGGUGAUCCAUUGAAUGCCUACCUGCUCCUUGUGUGACCAACCUGUGAUGUGAACCUCCUACAAUGUAAGAUUAUAUACAGAGACAUAGUGCAACUAAUUGACAGCCUGUGUACAUGACACAUUCCAUAUAUACCGGCUUAUAUACUA